AUGAUGCACGAACUUACUCCUAAGAAUGUGAAAUCGACAAAAAGCAAACAGGACGUGAAGCAGCAAGACGCCGAAGACUCUUUGUCCAAGAAGAGCUUGACCAAAGUACAAUCUCACUUCUUGGUCCCGUCCGAGAAACUGGACAAGGUGACCAGACGAGUGAUCGCUCCGUACGCGCAAAUAGAACGGAAAGGCUUGAAAGAAUCCGAACAGAAGGCCAGGAAAUAUCUCGACAUUAACAGAUUCAACGUGUUCCUGGAUGACGAGAUCGAUUUGGACGCGUUAUUGUACGAAACUGCCAUGGUUUUGAAGAACUUUACCAAUAGCUCCGGAGUUUUUGUAUACACGGUCGAUCAAAUGAAGGGUGAGAUCGUCUUAAUGUCCCAAAAUACGAAGAAUCCUGAUAGACACGAAGUUAACAUACCUAUUGGAGAGAAUAAGGUCGUAGCUGCCCACGUGGCCUUUACCAAAGAGAUGCUAGUGCUUGAUGAUGUGCAACGUGAUAGACGCUUCGCUGAAGGCUUAAAAUGGAUCGAGGCGAAGGUAGCACUGUGCAUGCCAGUGUUAAAGCCCGACGGAGAAUGCCACGCCGUCUUAGAAAUGUACAGGACGCAUGCCGAGCCAUAUGAUGAUGACACUGUGUACACUGUUGUGAGCGUGGCUUGCUGGGCAGGGGCGGCUGUUCACCAGGCCCAAGAGCGAAUCACCCUUCAGAAGACCGCCCAUCUCAACUCGGAGCUCAGGACACUGCUACACAACUAUUUCUGUGACCUCGCGUCCAUCGACACCAUGCUUACUGAUAUGUUGGCGAUCGUGAAAUCAUUCAUAGGAGCUAUGAGGAGUAGUUUCUACAUUAUAGACAAGGAAUAUUUCGGUGAUGAUGUUUACGCGGACAUGUGGGACGAUGGGUGGUCCACAGAAAAAUCUAAAAUGCCACGGAAGAGAACUAAAAUUAAUUUGAGUCGUGAGCACACCCCGGCGGGUCUGGUAUCGCGAACCGGAAAGAAAUUAAACGUAAAUGACGCGUACAAAGACUCGAGGUUUACGAAGGAAAUAGAUUCGACAACCGGCACUGUCGUCAGGUCCUGCUUGGUGUCGCCCAUCGUCGAUAAACAUGGAGUAAUCGGAGUGGUGCAGCUAACGAACAAAAACAACGCCCUUCCCUUCAAUCACGAAGACGAAAUGAUAUUCGAAGUGUUUAUAAGUUAUUGUUCUCUAAUCGUACACUUCUAUAAUAUGCAUCAGAAGAAAAUAUAUCAUGAAAAUAAGAACAUAAUUUAUAACGAUCUGAUGAAGCUCCACCUGAAACCCUGUCGGCAUGACGUCGAGGAACUGAUGGAGACCAACGGCAUUCUGCUGCCGCCUAGUAACUUCCGGACUUAUGAUUACGACAUCAGCGAAGGGAACAGGGAGGAGAUGGCGGGCCUGGUGUGCUACAUGUUCAAGGAAACGUUUGCCGAUCGUAAUUUCGAGCGACAGCAGCUAGCGGAGUUCGUGUUAUCCGUCCUCAGCUGUUACAGGGACAACCCGUACCACAACGCGCAGCACGCCUUCACGUUCACCCACACGAUGUUCAUGAUAUUAGUCAACAAUACGGGCUACUUUGAGUUCGCUGAAGUGGCGGCCCUAAUGAUAUCGGGUCUCUGUCACGACCUGGACCAUCCCGGGUACAACAACAACUUCCUGAUGCUCUGCAAGCACCCACUGGCCCUCAUGUACAAGACGUCGAUACUCGAGAAUCAUCAUUAUUUUCUCGCCAAGAAGAUCGUUGAGGAUAAACAAAUAUUCAGCAAGUUACCGAUAGUCGAUCAAGAACGAAUAUUGGAGGAGAUGAAAUACGCCAUACUGUGCACCGACCUGGCGGUGUACUUCCAGCUGAGGGCGCAGCUGGCGCCGCUCAUCGCUGACCAGACCUUCGACUGGAACGACAACCAGCACAGGAAGCUACUCAAGGGCAUACUAAUGACGACCAGCGACUUGUCCGGAUCCUGCAAGCCAUUCGGAGUCGCCAAAGCGAACGCUCAAUGCGUCUAUGAAGAGUUUUAUAAUCAAGGCGACAAAGAGCGGUCCAUGGGCUACACGCCGCUGAGCAUGAUGGACCGGCGUCGCAGCAUCAACCAGCCGGCGGAACAGAUCCAGUUCCUCUCCGUGGUCGUGUUUCCUUGUCUGAUGUUACUUCAGAAUUUUUUCCCUAACACCGUACAGCUCAUGGAAAACUGCAGGAAAACUCAAGAAGCGUGGCACGAGGAGAUAGAGACCAGAGGACAGAGGCUGUGGCGUCAGGGCGAGUCGGUCGCCGCGUCGCAACCCAGCAAGAUCCUCAUCAAGUCUUGCUUCGAGCAGGACAGUUAAAACAUGUAUUGCUAUACAUUAUUACAUUUUAAUAAAGUUUCCUUGUAAUUAAUUCGUUUUUGUU